CGUCCAGCGCAGUCCUGGUAAUGCUGAGACAGACCGCGAGCGGGUGGGUUUAUUUUUGGGUCAGUGACAGUGUGUCAAUGGCCGCAGAUGCGUCGGAAAGGAAGGCUCUGAGAUACAAGCAAACCCUGCUCUAUGGGGAGUACCAAGAGCACCAAGGAGGCUCUGGCAGACGGGAGGCCACACGCCUGCUGACAGAGAGACAGAUCAAGAAACAUGGCAACCAUCCCCGCAGCCAUGGGAGGACACGACAUGGACAUGGCCGCCGUGGCCAUGGUCAAAAUGGAUACCACAAUCGACACGGACAUCAGCACAGCUAUCACAGCAGACAAAGGAACAGGCGUCAGUCCAACAUGGAGACAGAGGAUGCUGAUGAGCAAACAGCUGAACCAGGCCUUACGUCCUCUAUGAAGAAGAAACGCUCAUACUCCAAGUGUAGAGACUGCAUAGCCCGGGUGCAGAGAUUCCUUGUGACCAGGUUGGGAGAAGACUGGAUCUUCCUUGUUCUGCUGGGCAUCACAAUGGCGCUGGUCAGCUGGACAAUGGACUAUGCCAGUGCAAAGAGCCUGCAAGGUUCUGGCAUCCCAGAGUUGAAGACCAUCCUGAGAGGUGUAGUGCUAAAGGAAUAUUUAACUCUCAAGGCCUUUGUUGCUAAAGUCAUUGGUCUGACUGCUGCCCUGGGCAGUGGGAUGCCUGUAGGAAAAGAGGGCCCAUUUGUUCACAUUGCCAGUAUCUGUGCUGCAGUUCUGAGCAGGUUCAUGUCGUUUUUUUCAGGAGUUUAUCAGAAUCCAUACUGUUAUACAGACAUCCUGACAGUGGGCUGUGCUGUUGGGGUGGGCUGCUGCUUUGGCACUCCACUUGGAGGUGUGCUCUUCAGUAUAGAGGUAACAUCCACAUACUUUGCUGUGAGAAACUACUGGAGAGGAUACUUUGCUGCUACAUUUAGUGCCUUCAUAUUCAGAGUGUUAUCCGUGUUCAACAAAGACGCAGUAACCAUCACAGCUCUGUUCAGGACAAACUUUCGCAUGGAUUUCCCUUUUGACCUGCAGGAGCUGCCAGCAUUUGCCAUCAUUGGGAUCUCCUGUGGGUUCCUGGGGGCAUUCUUUGUCUAUCUCAACAGACAGGUGGUGCUGUUCAUGAGAAGACCCAACGCCAUGACCCGCUUCCUGACCAAAUACCGGCUGGUCUUUCCUGCUGUGGUAACGCUGGUCAUCGCCACCUUGACCUUCCCACCCGGGUUUGGACAGUUCAUGGCAGGAGAGCUGAUGCCCAGGGAGUGUAUCAACUCUCUGUUUGACAACUUUACGUGGACAAAGAUUUCGGGAUCUCCUCAUCCAGUCGGUCUGGGCCGCUCCAGCGCCUGGCUGCACCCUGACGUCAGUGUCUUCCUCAUCCUGCUGCUCUUCUUCCUUAUGAAGUUCUGGAUGUCUGCAGUGGCCACUACCAUGCCCAUCCCAUCUGGGGCCUUCAUGCCUGUCUUCAUACUGGGAGCUGCAUUCGGCAGGCUGGUAGGGGAGAUCAUGGCCACCCUGUUUCCUCAUGGGAUCGUGUUUGAUGGCAUCCUUUACCGUAUCAUCCCUGGAGGGUACGCAGUCAUUGGAGCGGCAGCUUUGACCGGGGCUGUGACUCACACUGUGUCCACGGCAGUUAUCUGCUUUGAGCUGACAGGCCAGAUCUCCCACAUCCUGCCCAUGAUGGUGGCAGUAAUCUUGGCCAACAUGGUGGCUCAGGGUCUGCAGCCCUCCUUGUACGACUCCAUCAUCCAGGUCAAGAAGCUGCCGUACCUGCCGGAGCUUGGCUUUGGACACAUGAGCCAGUACAACAUCUUUGUAGAAGACAUCAUGGUGAGAAAGGUGAAGUUUAUAUCGUCUCAGUCCACUUACAGAGAAGUCAAACUCCUGCUGGACUCCUCCUCACUCAAAUCAAUCCCACUGGUCGACUCAAAAGAUUCUAUGAUCCUGUUGGGCAGCAUUGACAGGUUGGAGCUUCUGGCUCUCUGUGAUUGGUGGUUGUCACCAGAGAGAAGGCUCCUGAUGCAGGGUCGGAGCCUACAGGAGCAGAACCAGUCUCAGAAACACAGCUGGGAAUCCUUCGCCUUCGUAGAUGAGGAGGAAGAGGAGGACGGAGAGAAGGGCAGCCCGGUGCAGGAGGAGAGGAACGGCCCUCUGCCCCCCCAGAAGCCUCAGGAGCCUCCCUCAAACCACACUGCUCCUGUUCUUGAAAAAGGUCCUCUACAGACUGUGAGGAAAACACUCAGGAAUCUCUUCACCUCUAAAAACGGACAAACAGAGGGACAGUCGCAGGAGCCCUGUCCUCCUCCCCUGUCAGACACAAUGACACCAGAGGAGAUCAAAGCGUGGGAAGAGGCAGAGAUGGACACGCCGAUGGAAAUCGAUGAGAUACGAGUAGACCCUUCCCCUUUCCAGCUGGUUGAGAGAACAUCAUUACACAAGACCCACACUUUAUUCUCACUGCUCGGGCUAAGUCAUGCUUAUGUGACCAGUAUCGGCAAACUGGUGGGGGUAGUGGCGCUGAAAGAGCUCCAGAAGGCCAUCGAGGGCUCCACACGCUCUGGUGUCCGACUCCGUCCUCCGCUCGCCAGCUUUCGCGACAUCACCAACCACAACUCUGUCUCUAAACAUCCACCUUCUUCUCCCACUGCUCCUUCCUCUCCAACCUCCACCUCUUCUCCCUCAGCUCCAACUGCUCCCCAGCCUCCCUCCCCCUCUCCCUCUCGCCACCCCCACCACCAUCAUCAACAUCAUUACCAAGAGAAUGAAACAGAGGUGUGGAUCGAGGGCGUGAAGAGGGAGGUGGAGGAGAGCAGCAGCAGCAGUAUAGGUAGUGGCGGUGGCAGCAGCAGCACGGGGGCCGGCACCUCAACCAGUAGGAGUUGCAGCUACAACAGCAACCUCACCCUCCCUCCCUCCUCCACGCCUCCCCCAGUCCCUUCUUCCUCCACUCCUCCUUCCUCCGCCAUCCAUCUCUCCACCCAGAGACCCCUACAGGGACUUCUUGAGGGGGAUGAAGAUAGCGAUGAUGAGCCAAUGGUUUAGAUUAGACAAGAGUGAUGGUUAUGUUUUUUUAUAAUGGAAAACUUUUUUAAUGGUGUGAGGGUUUUUUUUGUUGUUGUUCUUAAUUUGUUGCUCUGGUCUUUAGACACCCAUUUACCUCUUUUUGUCACCACUUAGGUAGAGCAAAGGUUUCAAAGCAAACCGUGUGUUUGCUCGAAGCUACUUCAAUUUUUAUGUGUAAUUUCUAUUUUUAUUUUUUGAAGGCAGUUUGCCCCACAGUUACUGAUUCUGUCUGCUCAUUUCACAGACCUUUGCCUAGUUGGUGUCAAAAACACACCCUUUUUCUUCACCCUGCCCACCCCAACCUCUGUCUUUCCACAAUAAACUCUGUAUUUCAUGUUUUUUGAUACUUGUCCUGCCACAAUUCCUCCUCAUUUUCUCUUUCUUGUUGUUUUUCACACAUACAGUCUCAAAGUUUAAACCAAUUUGGGUUGAACCCUAGUCCAAUAUCUGCUGUUUUCCCAAAACAGCAUUAUGGCAAUCAUUUGCAUUGUCCCACUUUGGAUUUGGAUUUAUUAGACACAUCUGUUUGUCAUAGUGCUUUUCAGCACAACAUAUGUUGCAUCUUUGUGUUUUUAUUAACAUAAUAUGCUGUGUUGAAGAGUAAUCCAAACCUGUGCUACCCAAACCAGAAGUGAACCCAGUGAACCCCUGCACAGUAGUUCUGCGUUACCUGAUCUUUUAUGUCUUUAAAAAAAAGGUUUUUAUUGGAUGAGAGCAGGAGCUAUUGAUUUUUUUUAACUGGCAACAGACCAUCUGGAUAGCAGUAGACUAAUGGAGCUGCUCAGUCCACUGUGGAAGAUUAGCCAAAGCCCCAAAACAACCUCCAAAUUGUGUGCUGACCUUGUGGAUGUAGCCUCAGAGCUCAUCUCAUCACGGUUAAGUUGAUAGAUGUUGUAGCUAAAGGCGGCUGACAACAGCCAAAUCCCGCUGCAUAGGUCCUGGAGAUUUUUUUCCCUAACAAGGAUGCCUUCCAGAUUUAGCAAAAAUCACACAUGACUACUUUAAAUUACGUAGGAUUAUAAUGAAGAUAAUGUUUCACAAAGAAAUGUGAAUAAAUAUGCAACAGCUUUUCAUUCCGAAAUGUGACAUCCAUCAUGCUUCAAAAACAAAGUGUCAAUAACAAAGUUAUGGCUGACAUUCAUGACAGUGAAUGACAGCUGACAUUUUGUCACAUAAUAUCUAUAUGUUAAACGAUGAUGAAGAUUUAUGUUGACAGAAAUAUUUGGCAAUUAAUUAGCUUAAUAAAUGACCUCAUUAGCAAAACUAUUUAAUAUAGACUUGUCAUGAUGAUUAUUACAGGACAUGAAGCUGCUUAUGUUAGACUUCCUUUUUCUCGGCUACAAAAGGUUGAUUUUAAUUCAGGGCAACCACGGAAAUCUAUUUGAACAGUAGUGCACAAAUGAAAAGUGACUUCCUUUUUCUCUUAUUUAUACAGUAAAAUAACCAUUUGCCUUUUUACACAAGACUCAGAGACUCAACAAUACCAGUUCAUGAACAGCUGGAAAACCGAAACAUUAAUGAAGAGGCUAAAGGCUGUGUGGAGGUUCAGAGUUGAGUGUUAUUUCUUUUCGAGUUCAGCGCUGCAAGGGAUGUUAAUGUUAAAACUAUCACAUAAUGGAACUUUAAACCCAAAGUUAUUGCAAAAUGAAUGGUCAGCAAACUACCCUCUAGCGUCUUAGUGGAAGUCUGAUUGAUGAACUUUCUAUUUCUUUACAUCUACAAAAUUAAAUUCUGAUAAUGAACCCCGCCUUCAUAAACUCAGUUACAAAAAAAAAGUAAUUUAAUGUGAAGAGCUGCUCAGUGACUACCUUAAUAAUUGCAUUCAUGUGUUGUUGAACUUUUCUCCUUGUGAUGUUCCCAUCCUUUUCAUUUAUCACUCCAUCUCUUCUUACACUCUUAUCUCAUUAUCUCCUGGAUUCAGUUUCUCAGGUGCUGCCUUGAACGUCUUUGAACCUGCAGAUUUAACAGAACGCUUUUUCUCAAUGUCUGUGUGAAUUAAAAUGUGUGUCUGUUUCUUAAGGGAGCUCUGUGCUAAUUUCUUUUGUCUCUGUGGUUGUGGUUAAUGUAUUUAUUUAUUUAUCUUUUAGUAGAGUCGAAUGUUGUCUCAAAAUGUAUAAAAUUGUGAAAGAUUUAGCGAAAUAAAGCUUUAAUUGUUCGCCUUCA